AUACAUUUGGCCAUGGUAUAAAUACGGCUGAUAACGCAAAUUUCCCUUUUUGUAAUUGGUGAAAUUGAAGAACCCAAUUCCAAACAUUUGCCCAUUGAUGCUUCGUUUCGGCUCCCCUGUACCUUAACCGCAGCCAAGCUACAAAAAGCGAGGGAGGAGCAGCUUCUUUCCAACACAAUUUCGAGUUUUGCAGUCAAUUUCUCUCCCCCUUUGGCCUUUGCAGCUUCAAUGGAGGCCCUUCUUCUUACCCCACCCAGUUCACACCCACUCGCCUGGAAAUGUUUCGUUUCCUCCACUCCUUCCUUCUCCAAUGGGGUCUCUAUUUUGAUCGACAACGUUCCCGACCGUUCGGGUUCUGAUGCCGAGGAUAGCCUCAACGCGAUGCAGUAUUUGACCAGUAUUAUUUCUUCGCAAGUCUACGAUGUGGCUAUUGAGUCGCCGUUGCAGCUCGCGCCCAAGUUGUCCGAGCGUUUGGGGGUCAAUAUCUGGCUCAAGAGGGAGGACUUGCAGCCGGUGUUCUCAUUCAAGCUUCGAGGAGCUUAUAAUAUGAUGGCCAGACUUCCAAAAGAACAGUUGAAAAAGGGGGUUAUCUGCUCAUCAGCUGGAAAUCAUGCUCAAGGGGUUGCAUUAGCUGCUAAGCAAUUAGGAUGUGAUGCUGUGAUUGCUAUGCCUGUUACUACACCUGAAAUUAAGUGGCAGUCAGUUCAGAAAUUGGGUGCAACUGUUGUUCUUGUCGGAGAUUCUUAUGACGAGGCACAGGCAUAUGCUAAAAAGCGGAGCAAAGAGGAAGGUCGUACAUUUGUACCUCCUUUUGAUCACCCGGAUGUUAUAAUCGGGCAGGGUACCGUUGGGAUGGAAAUUGUGCGUCAAUUUUUGGAAAUGAAAUCGAAGGGCACAUUGCAUGCAAUUUUUGUUCCAGUUGGGGGUGGUGGUCUAAUAGCUGGUAUUGCCGCUUAUGUCAAGAGGGUUUCUCCUGAGGUAAAGAUUAUUGGGGUGGAGCCAUCUGAUGCAAAUGCUAUGGCAUUAUCAUUGUGUCAUGGCGAAAGAGUAAUAUUAGACAAGGCUGGUGGUUUUGCAGAUGGUGUAGCGGUUAAAGAAGUCGGGGAAGAGACCUUUCGCCUUUGCAAAGAACUCAUGGAUGGUGUAGUUCUUGUUAGUCGUGAUGCUAUAUGUGCCUCAAUAAAGGAUAUGUUCGAGGAGAAGAGGAGUAUCUUGGAACCUGCAGGUGCUCUUUCUCUUGCUGGGGCUGAGGCAUACUGCAAAUAUUAUGGCUUGAAGGGAGAAAAUGUUGUGGCAAUAACCAGUGGUGCAAAUAUGAACUUUGACAAGCUAAGAAUAGUUACUGAACUUGCCAAUGUUGGUCGUGAACGAGAGGCUGUGCUUGCAACUAUAGUGCCAGAGAAACCUGGAAGCUUCAAAAGAUUUUGUGAACUGGUUGGGCCUAUGAACAUUACAGAAUUUAAGUACAGAUAUAACUCUGAAAAAGAGGCUGUUGUUCUUUAUAGUGUUGGAAUGCAUAUGCCUUCAGAACUCGAAGAAAUGAAGAAGCGAAUGAAGUCUUCUCAACUUGAAACUUAUAAUCUCACAAAUAAUGAUCUUGUCAAGGAUCACUUACGUUACUUGAUGGGAGGCAAAUCAAAUGUUGAAAACGAAGUUCUUUGUCGAUUUAUUUUCCCAGAAAGGCCCGGUGCUCUAGAGAAGUUCUUAGAUGCUUUCAGUCCUCGCUGGAACAUUAGUUUAUUUCACUAUCGUGGGCAGGGUGAAACUGGUGCAAACAUAUUAGUUGGGUUUCAGAUUGAUAAAUCGGAAAUGGGUGAAUUUCACGAACGUGCUAGGAGGGUCGGGUACGAUUACAUUGUGGUAACUGAUGAUGGUGUCUUCCAACUUCUAAUGCACUCAUAGACCAGCCCUUGUUGUUCCUUUCGCAGUUUAAACGUCCACUAUCCACGAGUUGAGCGAAGUGAGAAAAGCGGGUACUCAAAUCUUGUACAUAGUAUUAGAGACAUGGCAUCCUUUAAAGCUACCAAGUUUCCUUUACCUUUGGAAUUUUGUAACGCCUGAUCAGCUUAUUGUUAUCUGCUUACACAAUCAGGGGUGGGGUUAUAAGUAGUAUCUUCUUCAUGUUGGGAUGAUGUUGGAAUAUCUCUGUUUGAUUUGUAUGAAUCUGAUCAAUCCAAUGAAUGAUGAUGGAAGUUAGUAAUAAUAUGGAGUUUAGUAGUGAAA